UUGCGUAUGAGUUGUUUUUGCUGUUUUUGUUUGUUUGUUUUUUUUUGUUUUUUCUUUUUAAACUUUCUGCAGCUGCAUAUUUCCGACAAGACAAAAUAAUUUUACAGUUUAUACAGUUUAUGGUUUAAACGUUACAUGUAGACCAAACUAAUCGCGCUGAAGGAAAGGCAGCAGCUCAGGCUUAGGAGCCGAACACUGAUCACCUCACUGAGCAAAAAUGGCGGAUGACAAGGAUCCUCUGAAACAGUUGAAAGAUCUGACGCAGCUCAAAAAUCAACUGGAGGAGAUCCAGAGGCGGGUGGAGAACCAGGUUUCUGAGGGAAUCCCUCAGGGAGGCUCUGUAUUAGGAUCUCCAUUUCUGAAGGGCUUUCUGGCCGGUUAUGUGGUGGCCAAGCUACGCUCCUCCGCCAUCCUUGGAGUGCUGCUGGGAACAAUUACUGGCAUGUAUGCGGCACAGAACUAUCAAGUGCCCAACAUUGAAAGGACCGUGAAAGACUAUAUGAACAACUUGAAAAAAGGACCAAAGUAAUUUGGGCCGACCACUAGCCCUCACAGCCUUUUUGCCAGCGGCAUAACAGGCACAAGAAGAGACACUGUUGCAGCUGCUGGCUUGUCAGCAGCUCGUGACAGAUCAGCCUUCAAGAUUUCUUGAUAUAACUGGAAUUUUAUUUGGGACUCAAAUACCUUUUUUUAAAUUAGCAUUUUUGUUUUAGGCUCAGUUAAAUACUGCUCUUUUUCUUUUCCACUUGCAAUGACUUGAUGUUCAUACAAGAUGUAAGACUUGGUGCCUACAAGGUUUCAAGGUUUGGUCCUUCAGAUUUCAUAACUUGUCUUAGUUUUGUUGCCUGGAGCAACUCUUUGAGCCCGUAAGAUUUUGAAUCAGUCAUGUUAAAACAGGCAGUAAUUCCUGCAAAUGUUUUCUAUUCAGUUCAUUGUCUAGGUCAAGUUACAUAUACAGAGUUAUAGAGAUAAUGGUGUGUCAAAGUAUUUUAUGAUUGAUAUUUAAAUGCUUGAGAUUUAUAGCUGUCCAUUUUAACAAAUGGCCUGAAAUGAGGGGUUUUGCACUGUGGGUAGCAUUCAGAUUUGUUUGAAAUUAAAAGUGUUUAUUUUGAAA